CCUCUCGUCCACAUCUUCCAUCAAGGAAACACAAAUCGCUCAAGGGAUCCGCCCACAAUCCCGGUAGCGCUGUUGCCUCUGUACUCGUCUGUGCAGCGCGAGCAGAGCCGACAACCUGGCCAGGCUGGCUGCAGUGAGGCCUCGAAGCAAGGGAGGUGCGAACGGCUACGGUCACUGGGCGCUCUGCCAUGACUGCCGAUCCUCCACGAGACGACGCAGACAGCACAGCAGAGGAGACGGACGACUCGCCGCCGUCAUGCGUCGCGCGCUGGCUGUACAGCUCCAAGAAGACCUGGGCCGACUUUGACGAGGUCGAUCAAGAGCAGCUGGAGGCAUGCUGGCGGCGACUUGGCGGCGAGCAGUGGGCGGAGGAUGUGCGUGCUCGGCUCGAGCGCGAGGCCGCCGAGCAGAAGCGCCGCGAGCGCAAGGCGCAGGGCCCCAAGACGGAAGCAGCAACACAGCGAGAUGAGGGCAGCGCAGAUACCAACGCGGCGGAGCAGAGCGGGCCGCCGUCCGGCGUGGACGCAGUCCGCGGGGCACUGGCCGACGUCGCCAAGGCGGGCAGCGGCGCGUGCACCCCUUCUGGAGGAAAGCAAAGCGGCAGUGCAACGCCGAGCCAGGCCGGGCCUAGCAAGAGCGAGGUUGUGCGCACCGUCUUGGAUCCCGACGAGCCCGCCGAGCAGCGCCGCGCCAAGGUGCCCGUGCUCGAGGACCGUCUCUUCGAUGUCGACCUCGAGACGAUGGAGCUCUAUCCGGUCUUCUGGAAGGGUGUGAAGCUGCGCGUGGUCCGCGCGACGUGGUUCUACUCAAGCUCGCGUGACGGUGGCUAUGCGCCGAUUGCGUGGGAUGAGCCGCUUGCGCGCGACCUCGAUGCUGCGUAUGCUGCCGCGCGUCCUUGGCUGCGCAAAGCCGCGGCCGAGGAGGACAGUAAAGAGAUACUCGAAGGAGAGAAGAGCGAGGAGGAGCUCGCAGAUAAGCUCUGCGAGCUGCCGUCCAUGGAUGCUGGCGGCAGCGUUCACUUUGAUAGUCCCUGCUCCGGACGCAUCCUGACCAAGGAUCUCUCGGGUCGCUUUCUUGCGAUUCUCGGCGGCUCGAAGGUCGUGCGCGGGUACGAAGAGGCUCAGCGCCUGGCGAAGGCCGGUGGCAGCUUCCGCAUGCCCGACUUCUCGCUUCCCUUUGCCUCUGGCACCGAUCCGGAUGAAGAAGCCCAGAGCUCGGCGUCGGCGGACGAGGAGGAGACGCAGGACGACUCGUCGGCGUCCGACUCGGACUCUGACGAUCCGAACAAGCGUCGGGGUGCUCGACGAGCUGGCCGCAAGCAGGGCGCCGCCAAGCGACCCAAGCGCCCCGCCGCUGCAGGCGGCGAAGGCACGGCCACAAAGGAGGAGGACGAGGAUCCCGGAAUCAUCGGGCGCAUGUGGCCGCGCAGCGGCUGGCCGCGUCCGGACGUGGCUGUGCUUCGCGCUCUCGGCUGGGGCAAGGACGGCGCUGAGAAAGAGGCAAAGCGGGGCCAGCGUCAGCGCAACACUGAGCAGGCAGCCGAGACGGGUCGCAAGGACACAGACUCGGAUGGAGAGGACACUGACGAAGCAGGCCAGCAUGUGCCGGACGAUCUCAAGGACGAGCCGCCUGCCCUCGUCCUCUGCGUGCACGGUAUCGGGCAAGGCCUCGUGGAGGACUUCGACGCCCUUGACUUCGUUUAUGACAUCGAGCGUCUGCGCAAGCAGUCGAAGAAGACUGCGGGCGACUCUGGGGUGCGCAAGAUCUCGCGCGGCCGACGUGCGCAGUUCCUGCCUAUCAGCUGGCGUCAAGGGCUCGACUUCACAUACUCAGCGCCUGAGAGCGACAAUCUGUACAGCCUCGAGGACGUGAGCAACAGCGGGGCCAUUCCGAUGGUGCGCAACGUCAUCAGCAAGGUCAUCCUGGACGUGCCCUACUACCUCUCGCGGCACCGUGACACGAUGAUCGACGCCGUCAAGGCCGAGCUGAACCGGACAUACCGCCUCUGGUGCCAGCGCAACCCAGACUUCGUCAGUCGCGGAGGGCGCGUGUCGCUGAUCUGCCAUUCGCUCGGCUCGGCGCUGGCUGCAGACAUCCUCUCCAUGCAGCCUACUCAGGUAUCAGAUCUGAAUGAGAUGAGCGCCAAAGAGCGCGCCUCGAAUGAACACCUUGUCUUCAACGUUGAGAGCGUGUUCUUCAUCGGCUCUCCGAACGGUCUAUUCUUCCACCUGCGUGGUGCACAACUGAUUGCGCGGCGCAACGCCGGCGAUGCAAAGGACGACGAUGCCAGUGAUGCGCAGGCCGGACGCUACGGCUGUCUCGCGGCGAGGAACGUCUACAACUGCUACAACACCACCGAUCCAGUCGCCUACCAGCUCAACGCAGCCGUCGACCGCGAGUAUGCAACCCUCAUGCGUCCGGUCUCAAUCCCCGAAGCCACCGAGACGCUGCUACACGCGCUUGCCCUGCCACGUCUGAGCGUCUCGAAGCUCUUCGAUGCCGAGCAUCCCUUUGCCUCGAGGCAGCAGGCCUCCACGUCCGCAGCCGAGCUGCCGUCCCCCACGGAAGCUCGUGCGGACACCAAGCCGCAGUCGGACAAGACGAAGGAGAGCUCGACGGAGUCAGGCGAGAAAGAGCCCAAGCGCAAGCCCAAGCCCAAGGGAAAGGGAAAGCGGCUCCUCGCCGAGCGAGGCAGCUCCGUCAAGCGUGCACAGCUGCACGGCAAGCUGCGUGCCGCUCCUGAGUACCCAGUUGAUGUGCAGAAGCUAGAGCGGGCGGAGCGAAGGUUCCGGGCGCUGAACCCCCAUGGCGCCGUCGACUUCUACUUUGAGUCUAACGGCCUGAACGAGUACAUCGACAUGCUCUCGGCACACAUCAGCUACUGGACGAGCGAGAGCUUCUCGCGCUUCGUGCUCUGCCAGGUGUUCCUCUCGAUCAGCCCGUCGGAGGACACGCCGCCGUCACUCGUGCCCGAGCUGGAAAUCCCGCCGCCCUCGGCAGAGGAGGAGCAGCGGCGCGCCGAGGAGAGCGAGAAUUCGGACGACGAGCAGGACUCGGAGUCGCGCGGACGCCAGGCGGACAGCCACACUAAGGCUGCGGACCGGCAGACCGGGCAGUGGGAGGGCAUCAUGUAGACUUGCUAGCUGGUGAUGGUUGCGAGAAUGAGACGCCAUGCCCAGGAA